AUUCGGUUCGGUGAGGACUCUCGAUCAUGAGCUCAACUAGAUGCACGUGCAACGGGCUUAGUAAGGUAUAGCGGGGGAAAUCAUGGCGGACAUGAAGGGGUAUUCGUCCGCCAAGCUGUUUGCUGUAGUCUGCAGCUUUGCUAUUAUCGGACUAAUGACAAGCUUCUACAUCGUUGAAGAUACCUUCGUGCCGUUUUAUAAGCGAACAGGGCCCAAGUUCACGGAAUUAUCGGCAAUUUUGAUGGCAUCGGAUAGCACGUCGUCCUAUGCAAAGAUGAUGAAGCCACCGCUAGAGACACCACACGACCUCGUCCGCAAUGUGUCUUUGCACUGCAAGAUGGUCUGUAGUGAAUCAGCAACUGGUAUUUGUGUGCCUCUUGAUUUGGCCAUCUUUGUGUACAGGAACGAUACUCCAACCACAAACAUGACUUUCAAGUUUCAGAAUUACAAUCCUGUCGUCAGUAUAGCGACAGGAAGCAACAUUUCUGAUAAUUCUCCUGUGCUUGAGGCGGACCGAUGUAGUCUGGAGGAACACUUCCCCGGCGUGGAGCUCAUUCCACGGCAGGGCAGCUGCGCUGUGGUCGGUAACAGUGGUAUCUUAAACAACAGUAGCUGUGGAGAUUUCAUAGACUCGCACGACUUUGUCAUCCGCGCCAACAUGGGACUGAUAAAAGGCUACGAGGUUGACGUCGGUAGAACAUCCAAUUUGAACGCUUUCAACAGGGAUCUGAUGCUUAUUUACGGCAGUGCCGUGGGGAGCACACGAAAUGCUAAGAAACGAAAGAUACGUAAUCGAUUCCUUAACCACAUUCGAACUUUGAAGGACUCGAUUCUGUGGUAUCCAAAACAACUCUUCCAGUUUGGUGGUAACUUUGUCUCCGGCAAGAGAUACCGGUCUAUAAUUAAUUCGAUCAGGAAAAAUGGACUCUUGGAUAUUCGAUUCGCCUUCAGCUGGAAACCUGUCCAUGUUGAAAAGGAAUGGGGUCUACGACGGACUGCCACGCUCGGGUUAGACAUGUACGCAGUCGCUCGAACAUUCUGCGCCAACAUCACCCUUUUCGGCUUCUAUCCCUUCCACAAAGACCAGGAGGGUCGAGAUAUCAAAUAUCACUAUUUUGAUGAUGUGAAAUUCAACUUUUCUCUCCAUAAGGGCCAUAGCUGGGAUCUGGAGCACCGAAAGCUGAAGGAGCUAGAGAGACAAGGCAAACUGACUUUGAUCGUUAGAGAUUGCAAACCAAGAAAGAAGACGUAGCCUGGUCGGAAAACCACCAGAGUGACUAAGAUCCUAAACAAUGGUUCACAGCAGAAUCAACAGCAUGCGGCAGUUAAAAAAUCCCUUAAAGGUUUUUAACACCGAAACGGACGAAGAGUACCAGGCCGGCAGUACGAACGAUCGGCGAAAAAUGCAUCGUUGCCAUGAUGCGGCAUGGAACUCAAUGCAUACUAGAC